CUGGGCAGGAAUGCAAUGAACACAUGGCCCUGGGCUGUGCUGUGCUUCUGCCAUCAUCCCUGGUACGAUGCCCAGGGGGAGUGGUGACAUCUCAUGGGAUGCAAGAGAUGCUUUGCUAUUGCAUCCCAUGCUUCACCAAAUGGAUGAAGGGAUGCAGUAAUGGGGAGUAGAGCUGGUUAGCUGUCCUUGUGCCACAUGGAAACUCAUGCUGUGGCCACCUGGUGCCACACUGGGCUGCAGCCACAGACAGCAUAUCUCCCCAAGCAGUGCUGAAAGCACCAAUAAGAUCAGGGUGUUCUGCACUGUGUGUUCCUAUUGAUGUAUGUGUGCCCUAAACUGAAGUCAUGUUUAUUUAAGUGCAGAUGGAGCUGCUCACAUCCCUCUUUAAUUACCAAUGAGUCAAGCAGCCAGGAAAAAAUUAACAGACAAAAAAGAUAAUUCUUUUAUUUUAGUUUCAGUAACUCAGCUCGUGGAAAAGCUGUGCUGUUACUGCCAGCAGAUGGCUGAGCAGGGGCCUGGGGCUUAAAGCUUUCUGUCCUGGCAGCAUCAUGUUGUGGUAGAUCUGUGCUCAGCCAAUGUGUCAAUAAAAGGGUUGAGGAUUCCCCUAUUCCUGUGUGGGCUGGGAGGGACAUAGAGGCUUUGCCCAGGUCCCUGACUGCUCCCAAUGUCCCUGUAGAAGGGCUGAGCUCUGUGUGAGUUAUGGGAGGGUUUCCACUGUUCCACCGAUUUGGCUGCAUCUGUGAUGCUGCAUCCCCUCCCAGCUUUCCAAAGCGGCUGCUGGCAGCCAGCAGCACUCUGCAGAGCAGCAGGAACUGCUGCGAUGGGGUCUGGAGAAGGAGGGAAGCACCCAGACACCUCGAGCUGCUGGGCUCGUGCUGCAGUGCAGGGAUCCAUACAUCCUGCACUGCUCCUGGCUCUGCUGUGGCUCCUUGGCAUGCCGACGGCUCAUGGUGCCUGUGGGCCCCCGCCUCCCAUGACCCACUCCCAGCCCUCCGGCGUCGAGCAGCUCAGCAGCUUCCCUGUGGGCUCCAGGGUGACCUACAUGUGUCUGCACGGUGCUAUCAGGAUCCCCGGGGCGCUGGACACGGUGCAGUGCCUGCCUGGCUCAUACUGGUCGGAGCUGCGCGAUCCCUGUGGCUUGAGCUGCGCUACCCCGACCUCAAUGCACUUUGCUGCCCUGUCCGAGGUGGAUGAGAUGAUCAAUUUCUAUCCUGUUGGGUUCACUGUGAGCUACGUCUGCCGCCCUGGUUAUGAGAACAUCUCAGAAGGCCAACCCACCAGCACCUGCCUUGAGAGCCUGACGUGGUCAGAGGUCCCGGAGUUAUGCCAGAGGAAAUCCUGUGGUCCCCCAGAGGCCCCACCUGCAGGGAGGAUCCUCCAACCCACAGAUUUUCUGUUUGGCACACAUGUGAACGUGCUCUGCGAUGAGGGGUACCAACUCCACGGGAGGAACUUCAUCCGCUGUUGGCUUAAAGGAGAUGACGUUGAGUGGAGUGAACUUCCAACCUGUGAAUUAAUCACUUGCUCUUCACCUCCUCGGAUCAGCAACGGGAGGCACGAUGGUGAAGGUGUAGAAAAGUUUGCUUACAACUCAACAGUGACCUACAGCUGUGACUCUGGCUUCCAACUCAUUGGGAAUGUGAGCAUCCGUUGUACGAGAGCAGAGAAUGCAAGAGGGGUCUGGAGUGGAGCAGUGCCCCAAUGUAAAGAGAAAAGCCCACCUGUCAGACUUGGAGUAAAACCCAUGGAAAGGAGUCCUCCUCCCCAGGGUUCCCAGAGACGUGACCUCAAACCACCCAAGCAGACUUUCACAAUGGAAAUGAAAAUGAGCCUCUAUAAGAAGUCACUCCAAAACACCAACUCCUUCUCCUCCUCUUCUUCGUUCUCCAGGAAGCCAGGGAGCUGUGCCACCUCAGCUCUCAAAUUUGUGAUGCCUCUGUACAAAACCCAAAGCUUCUUCUCUCCUGGAACCCGCAAGCAAUCUCCGUGUUCUCCCAAGUAUCGCAGCAUCUCUGCUGUUUUCCCCAAGGCUGGCUGCUCUGAAAACACGUGGUGGUCUAAAGCUGCAGCAUUUUGUGGAAAAAGGUCGUGGGCAGCCAGGAGAACCUGGACGUGGCAGAAGUGCUGCUAUCACCGAUUUCCCAUCCGCUGCAAAAGGCUCUUUUACCUGUAGGAGUGGCGAGUGUCGGUUUGGAAACAGCUGCAAAGCAGGAAAUGUAAGCAGAAAAUGAUCAGUGGGGAUGGCAUAGGAACCCCAGAGACCCCUGGAGGGUCUCACUGCACAGCUGGAGAUGUGGAGCAAAGCCUUUGUUGGGUGUGAGCCCAGCCCAGCCCUGCUGUUCCUAUUGGAUCACAACGAGGGAUGAAGUUGGGGGAUGUUGGCCCUUUGGUAGUAACAAAGACUGGCUGGAAGCAUCCUGGAAAACACAGCAGGGAUGGAAAGGGAAAAGCUUUGUCCUGUUUUUAUUUUUUUCCCCUCUAAAAACCCUCUGUGCUGCUCUGUUACCUGCCUUCAAAGUGAAAACAGAUCUAAAAACCUC